AUGUUUAGUCAGUCAUCAAAACUAAAUAUAGAUAUAAAUAAGACAGUCUCUACUGAAGAGAAAUCUUACAAAUGUCAAGAGUGUGGCAAGACCUUUAACUGGCUCUCACACCUUAUACAACAUCACAGAAUUCACACUGGAGAGAAACCUUACAAAUGUAAAGAAUGUGGCAAGGCCUUUAACCAGAGCUCACACCUUAAUCGACAUCACAGAAUUCAUACUGGAGAGAAACCUUACAAAUGUCAAGAGUGUGGCAAGGCCUUUUACUGGCCCUCAGACCUUAUACAACAUCACAGAAUUCAUACUGGAGAGAAGCCUUACAAAUGUAAACAAUGUGGAAAGGCUUUUAACCAGUGCUCACACCUGAACCGACAUCACAGAAUUCAUACUGGAGAGAAACCUUACAAAUGUAAACAAUGUGGAAAAGCCUUUUAUUGGCCCACACGACUUAUACAACAUCAGAGAAUUCAUACUGGAGAGAAACCUUACAAAUGUCAAGAAUGUGGCAAGGCCUUCAACUUUAAGGACUGCUCAUCCCUAAAUGAUUAUAGGCAAAUCCAUACUGGAAAGAAACCUUACAAAUAUAAAGAAUGUGGCUUAGCUUUUAUAUUGUACUCAACGCUUACUGGACAUCAUAGAAUUCAUACUGGAGAGAAACCUUACAGAUGUAAAUAA